GGGACUCAGUGAGGUGAUUGAACUGGGAGCACUCUGGAAAAUGCAAGGCUUCACAAAUGAUGCUGAUUUUUAUCACUCAGCCCCUGGAAUGCAGCUCUGAGGUGGCUCCAGAAACUGACACCCCAGUUCUCCUGACCCCAGGAACAUCGUUCUAAUUUGCAUCCUUCCCACCAGCCAGAGGGAGGGUUUCUCCAUACCCGGGCCCCCACUCCUUUUCAUAUUUCCUCGUUACCUGAGGCACCACCCCAUUCCCACCUUGUUAUAAGAACAGACUGGUAAGAAAGUCCCGAGUCUCACCCCUCACCCCUGGUCUCAGUGCCCCAGCCUCAAUCUUCUGCCCUGAAAGAAUUCUAUUGAUGCUUGGGGCCAAUCCUUGGGAAGGGGUGCUGCCACCAGGACCUUUCAUUCACCCUGAGGUCCCAGAACCCCGUCCUCCUUGGACCAAGCCUGCUCUUGGUGCCCAAUGGCAGAUGGGGGCCCACAGGAGACUCACUGUAGUGCCCUUCUACCCGGUACACUGCUAAGUCUGGCCUCACAGCACUGCCCUGUCCCGCCCUGUCCUGGCCCAGUGAGCUGGCUGGCAUUGCAGGGACCAGGGUGACCAUGGGGAGGAGGGUGUGAGGGCUGGGGAGGGAGAGGGCUGACAGGAGGCAGGGCCUCUGGGGGCUGAGGACUAUAAAGGGGCCAGGAGGAGAGCAGGGGACGAUCCAGCCUGAGGCAGGCACCUGCUUGGUCCAGGACUCACUUGCUCAGGACUCAGCAUGGCUGCUGCACGCCGCUGCCUCUCCCUGCUGUUCCUGUCCACGUGUGUGGCUCUGUUGCUGCAGCCGCUGCUGGGUGCCUCCGGGGCCCCGCUGGAGCCAGUGUAUCCAGGGGACGACGCCACACCAGAGCAGUUGGCCCAGUAUGCGGCUGAGCUCCGCAGAUACAUCAACAUGCUGACCAGGCCCAGAUACGGGAAAAGAGACCAAGAAGAAACACCGUGGAACUUCUUGGAGUGGGGAGCCCCCAACAAAGUUGCCCCCAGGGAGCUCAGCCAGAUGGACGUGUAAGCCACCCUCGCCUCCUCCGCCUCCAAGGGCAGUGCCUGCCCAGGUCUCUCCUCCACACCCGUGGCUCUGGCCAAAGCUUGCUCCCCACUCCCACAGGCUGAAUAAAGCAAAUCAAAGACAUUGCCUCUCUCUGCGUGUCUCUGUGGACCUGGUGCAUCAGGAGUAGCCAAAGGCAGGAGAGAAAGGGGGAGGGGACGGAGGGGAAGGGCAAGAGGGUGUUAGGAAUGGACAGACCAUCUAUGGGGCCAUCAGAGCCAUGGAGCUCAGCUCCACUUCACGGAGGGCAAGUGUGGCCCAAGGGAGGCAGCGACUCCCCCAGGGUCACUCAGCGAGUCAGUGAAGUGGCGCUGGAGCCGGAAUCUUCCAUUUCAGCACCUAUAGACCCUCCUGAUCAUUGGCCCAAUAACAGCCCAGUGCCCAAGUGGACCCCCUCCCAUUCUUCCCUAUAGUUUAGUGUCCUUGGCAUGGGGGCAGCGUGACAGCCCAGCCCAGAGGAGUGACCGGAGCAAAGGCAGCCACUGGCUGCAGGAUGGCACCAGAGCUGCCCUCCUCCGGGCCGGGCACUGAGCACGGUCCGUGGGAGCACGUGAGGGGAUACGAGGCUCAGCAGAAGCCUGGCCCACGAGGGGGACUGUGAAGGGUCUGGGGAUGGUGUCAUGUGCAGAUUGUGGGGAAAGGAGCCUACUGUGUGCCAGGGCUACCUAACCUCACAGCAAGUCUGCGAGGAUGAUAACUGUUAUCCUCACCCUCCAGAGGGGAAAGCAAGGCCGGGAGAAGUGCCGCAGUGUGUCCGAGGUCCUGCCCCAGGCCGCAUUCUAAUAGAGGGUCUAGCAUCAGCGUUAGAGUCAGAUGAGCCUGUGUUCAAACAGGAAAUCUGCCACUUGCUGUCUGUGUGCUUUGGGGCAGGGAUAUAACCUCUCUGAGCCUCAGACUCUG